ACGUAUUGAAAGAGUAUUCGUCCUGGGGAGUCGAUGGGCGUCGGUUGAUGGGUGGUAAUCGAACAUUCGUCGAUCCACCUGACAGAGAGACGCGAGGUGCGGCGGCCGGAGGCUGCAUCGUCGGCGAGGUAGCAGGGGGGGGGCGGGGAGGNNNNGAAGGCGGCGGGCCCGCCGCUCCCCGCCGCCCCCGAAAAUAGCCGGCGUGUGAGCCAGUGGGCUAUUCCUAGUCGCGAGGACCCCACUCCCGAGCGCCCCGCCCCUGCACCGCGCGCUGGGUGCCGUGUGCAGCAGCCACCCCGCGAAAGACUAGGGCGCGCGCGCCGGCGAAACCGCCAUUCGAAUUUCCGUGGUAGUCCAGUGACUGGAAGGCAAGCCACCCUCCUCCGCCGGUGCCCGCGUUCCGGCCAUCUGCCUACCCAACGACAACCGAUAAGGUUACGCAAGUGAUUCCCUGUCAGCAAGAUGCCGUUCAAGCCGAUUGAGAACCCCAAGUGCCCCAAGUGCGGCAAGUCCGUGUACGCCGCCGAAGAGCGUGUAGCGGGUGGCCUGAAAUGGCACAAGAUGUGCUUCAAGUGUGGAAUGUGCAACAAGCUUUUGGACUCUACAAACUGCUCUGAGCAUGAAGGAGAACUCUUCUGCAAAGUCUGCCAUGCCCGCAAGUAUGGACCUAAGGGCUAUGGCUUUGGUGGUGGUGCGGGAUGCCUCAGCAUGGAUCAAGGCGAGCAUCUCCAGAAGCAGGAAUAUAUUGGCACCCAUGCUGUUCUGGAUUCUCGUGCCAUUGCUAAAGCUCCUGAAGGUGAAGGUUGCCCGAGGUGUGGAGGUUACGUGUAUGCAGCGGAGCAAAUGCUUGCAAGAGGAAGAGGCUGGCACAAAGGCUGCUUCCGAUGUAAACAAUGUAAUCGAACACUGGACUCCACCUCACAUUGUGAUGGACCUGAUAAAGAGGUUUACUGUAAAGGUAGGCUGCAACAAGUGGCCCACUAUGGUCUGACUUGGGCUCAGAUUUGGAAUAUGGACCUUGGCACAGGGAAUGCUUCAAAUGUGGCGAAUGUUCGAAACGACUGGACUCUGUCAAUUGUUGUGAAGGACCAGACAAGGAUAUUUACUGCAAAGGUGUUUUGCUAUGGUAAGAGAUUCGGCCCCAAGGGAUACGGGUAUGGCCAGGGAGGUGGUGCCUUGCAAAGUGAUGCUAGUGAUGCUGUGGCUAAUGGUGAAUCAGCAGCUCCUCGAACUACCGUGAUUGAUACAGCUGUCAUCAAGGCUCCUCCAGGGCAAGGUUGUCCAAGGUGUGGAGGAGUUGUUUAUGCAGCAGAGCAAGUGCUGGCUAAGGGCAGGGAAUGGCAUCGUAAGUGCUUUAAAUGUCGUGACUGCACCAAAACUUUGGACUCCAUCUUAGCUUGUGAUGGGCCUGACCGUGAUGUUUAUUGCAAAACUUGCUAUGGUAAGAAAUUUGGGCCUCAUGGUUAUGGAUUUGCUUGUGGUUCUGGGUUCCUCCAAACUGAUGGACUCACUGAGGAUGAGAUUUCGAGUUUCCGACCCUAUUACAAUCCUGAUACAACUGCAAUCAAGGCUCCAGCUGGGCAAGGAUGCCCUCGUUGUGGAGGUGCUGUAUUUGCUGCAGAACAACAACUUGCUAAGGGAACGAUGUGGCAUAAGAAAUGUUUCAACUGCUGUGAUUGCCACCGACCUCUGGAUUCUGUGCUUGCUUGUGAUGGACCUGAUAGAGAAAUCUACUGCAAAGCUUGCUAUGGAAAGAAGUUUGGUCCCAAAGGAUUUGGUUAUGGACAUGCCCCAACCCUUGUGUCAACUAAUGGAGAAUCUACUAUUUCGUAUCCUGAUGCCAGGCCCACUGCUGGAUUGAAAGCUCCUCAAGGCCAAGGUUGCCUUCGUUGUGGAUUUGCUGUUUACGCUGCAGAACAGAUGAUCAGCAAAAAUAGGAUCUGGCACCGACGCUGCUUCAAUUGUGGUGACUGCCGCCGAUCACUGGACUCAACGAAUUUGAACGAUGGUCCCGAUGGGGACAUUUACUGCCGAAGUUGCUAUGGACGUAAAUUUGGACCUAAGGGUGUGGGAUAUGGCAUGGGGGCUGGUACACUUACAAUGGCUUGAAUGUGGACCCCAGUUAGAGCUAAGAUUUGUCAUGACAGAAACCAGACCAGCUUCAAUACUAUAUGCAACGCAGAUUCUGCAUGUCUUUGUACAUGAAGAUGAAAAUAAUCAUGCACUGAAUUUCUAUUAAUUAUAAUGCUUAAAUACACAACUGUAAUGAGCUUCUUUCAGUAUAAAAUUGUGCUUUCGUAUUUAUAAUGCCUUCUUAAUUUGAAAUCUACUCAACAAAAUGGCAUGAAAGCACUGUUUUUAUCGUGGUCAGAAAGAAAUUGGAAGUAUAAAUGAAAUGCCAAUGUUUCUUUUUGUAUGUUUCUUUACAAGAUUUUCAUAGUACAAAUGGUGAAGAGAGUAGUGAGAGUGUAACACCAAAUACUAUUACUUAUGUAAUUACAAGGUGUGUGGAUACGUUAAAACCCCAAUUCCUUUUUAACAGUGAAAUGUAGAUUUAGUUGGGUUUUUGUGGGACGUUUUGGGGGAACUUUUAUAGUAUUUUUUGAGAAUGGGUGUAAGAUCUCAUGGAGAUGAAAGAGCAUUCCAUAGCUUCAAAUUGCUUGAUCACGAUAUAAACAGUGCUUUUUUGAAUCCUUAGUUCAUUAAUAGACCUAUCACAUGCUUCCCCAGAAUAUAGUUUUCCAGUACAAUACUUUAACAACCUCACAAAAUAUAGUAUUGCCUGUUUUGGGAAUGCAUAGUCAAGUAUGUCCUGAUACUGUUUCAGUAAUAAAGGCAAAGCAGAUCCCAGAACAUUCUUCUUUGACACCUCCUUACAGCAAAAUGAAUUUUGCAUAGCAUGCACAUAGAUUGACUACUAUAACCUAAAGUUAAUUCCUAGAAAACUCAAAAAUUUGCAGUCAUCACUUUAACAUUUUAUAUAAAAACUUUAAAUUUUUGCAGCUACAAAAUUUCAAGUAUUUGUACUAACUUGAGACUUUAGUUGUAAUUGUUAAUACUGGCUGCACAGAGGUUUCUUAGGUGAAGAAAUUAACAUCUAAUGAUGGGGCCACACAACAUAUGCCUCCAUACACAUCUCCCCAAUGAUAAGUGAUGAAGAUGUGAUAUUUGAUUAAAUUUUUGGUGGCAAUUUUGAAAUGCAGAGACUAAGUCUGAUCAAAGGCAUAUUUCAUCAUGUAGCUUCAAAAUUGUGAUUUAAUAUGACACUCAUGUUAUGGAGGUUUACAUAAUUAAGCUGCUUGCAUUAUGCAAAAUGAGAAUACAACAGAUUGAGUUGUUGUCUUAGCUAUAAAUAAUUGUUGAAAAUCAAUAUACAUAUAAAACAAAUUUUUUCUUAAGGAUUAUAAUAUGUUAUUCAUAAGACUGAACUGAUGUUUGAACACAGUUCUAAGUUUUAAUAAUACAAUAUUGUGGGGUUUGAAAUAACUAACUCAAUUUUUAGAAAUAAGUAUUCUCAUAAAAUGUACAUACAUAUUAUAGAUUUAAAGUGAUUGUACUCUUAAAGAUCACACAUAAAAUAUCAACAUGUGGUGAAUUUCAGUAUUUAUAAACUGAAUGGUGUAAAAGAAAAGUUUAAAGAAAGAAUGAAAACAGAAAAUACCAAAUAUUGAAACUUCAUUUUUCAUUCUACAGACUUUUUUAAGAUGCAAAUAAUACAUUACCAAAUUUAUAGCCAUUGUAAGCGCAAAAAUCAGAAAUUCAUAAAUUACUGAAAUUAGACGAUUUAGUUUCAAGGUAUCACAAAUGUUUUACCAAAUACAGUUUGCUUAGUGAAUAUCGUAAGAUCUUGAUAUAUUUAUCAAUUUAUGGUGAAUAAAAUUCACUAACAUUUAUGAACUGAUACAAUGUACUGACUUGGAAUGUGACACGGGAACAACUUUUUUGCAUCUUUUCUUCCAAUUUCUUUUUUUUUUUCCUUACUGUUCCUUUCAUAGACUCAACAAGUCACUAAGGCUUGAAUAAAUAAUUUUUCUUCAAAAAUUCAAACUUCCUAUUACAUACAAUUGUAUAUUAUUGAUUUGCUUAUGCACUUGCACCAAAUAUCUUGAAAAUCUGCAAAUAUUGCAGAUUAUGUUGAUUUAUUGCUUUUUGCAUUUGUUGUAUUAUUCUUGUUAAUAUUAUUUUUGUGUAGUAUGUAAUUUGAUGUAAAGAAACAAAACUUUAAAUAAAUGUGUUCCAAUUGAUAUGAGUACAGAAUUUACACAUGCAAGAAUUUCUCUCUCAAACAGUUCUUUUUUUUUAUCAGAAAGUAAGCUAGUAAGAUGCAUCAUGUUGGGAUCAAUUUCUACAUACAGACAAUCAAGAUCGAAGAAAUCAAGGGUGUGAGAAACAUGCUACAUUGUGUAGAAAAUACUCCUCCAAUUAUUAAAAUCUUUACUUUUGACUGCUGUAUAUUAAGAGUAACUUUUCUUUUAAAAAACAACUUUUACAUCAUGUUCUCUUAAAUGCAAUUGCUUAAUAAAUUAUGCAAG